AAUUCCCUUUCCGUUUGUUUCUUUUUCUUUUUCUUUUUAAUCUGGCUCUGUUCGUUCAUCUUUGAAGGAGCUUUGAUGAUCUGAAAAAUGGGUUCUUCAGUGAUUGAGAAAUGAAAAAGUAAAAUUCUUUUGGUAUUUGUGGUUAUAAGAAUCAAGGGUUUGGGUGUUUGCAUUGGUUGGAGAGAAUCAGUGAGUUUAUAGAGGUUUGGGCUGUCAAUUUUGGUUCCUAAUUUUAUUUUAUUCAUGAAAGUGUACAUUUUGGGUGAUGUUGAAAUUGCGAAAAAAAUUGAAAUUGGGCAUCAAUGAAGGUUAAAGAAGAUUGUGUGAUUUCUGAAAAUUUUGAAGUUAGCCCACUUUUUCUGGACCUGAACGUUGUUGGCGGGAAAGAAAUAAUGGGUCUUUUGGUACUCUCCUAGGGAGGAAUUAUCUUUUUGAGAUAAUCUGGAACAUAUGAGAUGAAUUGUUAAAACUGAUAUCUUUGAACUAUUGGAAUUAAAAUAGACUCUGAACCUGGAAAGUAUUGGCAUGAACUUGCAGUUUCGAGAAUUUUUGUAUCAUUGAGAUCGAAGUUAGUUUGGUGAGGAUAUUUAGUUGCCCCAGUUGAUAUGUGCAGUAAUUUGAGGUUUAUCUUAUGGCACCAACUGUUCCCAUAGAGUUUGCCGGACAGAAGGAAUCAAGGAAGUGCUCUCUUUCACAAAUGAUGGGGAAGUCGCAGAAGUACACGAAAGGGCAUUCCACUGGUUUUGUUCCAGAUUUUAGGCAUGCUGUUGAGACCAUGGGCGAAUCGGAGGGGUUUGGAAGCUCUGUGCGGAUUGACGUAGAGGUGACAGCUUCAGAAGAUUCCUAUGCACCUAGGAGAAAAUGCAUUAGUUUGAACGUCGAUGGCUAUGAUGGGUUUAGCGUUCCUAUGCAAGUUUUGUCAGUGUCGCGGAUGUCGCGGUCUGAGAAGAAGGAUUUGGAGUUGAAGUUGAAAAUGGAACUUGAACAAGUGCGUAUCCUUCAGAAGAAAAUUGAUUCUCUGGGUUCAAACGCCGCUGUUGUGUUGUCGCCGUCUAGCGAAAUACGGAGUUGCAGCGACGGGCAGAAAAAACCCCCAAUAGAGAGUUUCAAUAGGUUAUCCGAAGUAUCAGCUCAGCAGGGCAAGAAACGAGCUGCUCCUGGACGUAGUGUUCCUCACAACAAAAGAAACGCUUCUGGACGUUUUCAAUCAGCUGCGAAACCUGCAGCUCCAGUGAAUACUUCGAAUUCCAUGUCGAUGAAACACUGUGAGAAUUUGCUUAACCGUGUGAUGUCGCAUCAGUUUGGUUGGGUGUUCAACACUCCAGUUGAUGUGGUGAAGUUGAAUAUUCCGGAUUAUUUUACUGUUAUUAAGCAUCCAAUGGAUUUGGGAACGGUGAAGAGCAGGAUAGCUUCAGGCAAAUACUCGAGUCCUUUGGAUUUUGCGGCAGAUGUGCGGCUUACGUUUUCAAAUGCAAUGACUUACAACCCACCAGGAAAUGAUGUCCAUGUCAUGGCUGAGACACUGAGCAAGUAUUUUGAAGUGAGAUGGAAACCUUUAGAGAAGAAGCAUCAACUUGCAACUGAAGUUCAAUUGAAGCCUAGUGGUCCUAAAUUGGAGACUGAAAUUAUCACAACUCCUGUGCAACCGGCCAAGAAGAAGAAAACUGCGCCAACUGAUUCUAGUCUGAAGCCAGAGGCCGUUAAGCGGGUUAUUACUGUGGAAGAGAAACGUAAGCUGAGUAACGAAUUGGAGGCCCUGCUCCUGGAAUUGCCUGAAAUCAUUGUUGAUUUCCUAAAAGAGCAUAGUCACGAGCAAACAGGGGAAGAUGAGAUUGAGAUAGAUAUAGAUGCUCUUAGUGAUGAUACCCUGGUUACUUUGAGGAAGCUUUUAGACGACUAUUUGCUAGAGAAGCAGAAGAACCAGGAAAAAGCUGAGCCUUGCGAAAUGGAGCUUCCUAAUGAGUCCGGAUUUAGCAAUUGUUCUAUGCAACCAUGUAAAGGUAAUGAACCGGCUGAUGAGGACGUGGAUAUUGUUGGUGGAAAUGAUCAGCCUGUUUCAAGCUUUCCACCUGUGGAGAUAGAGAAGGAUGCAGCUCAUAGAAAUAGUAAAUGCAGUAACUCAAGUAGCUCCAGUAGUGAUUCAGGGUCUUCAUCUAGUGAUUCUGAACCAGGUAAUUCAUCUAAUAGUGAAGCCGACUCUGCCAAACCCCCUGUUCCUCCUAGUGCUCCAAAGGAAAAUUCAAAUUCUGGUGGAAGUUUGGAUCAGAAAAUGAGUGAGCCGCUAGGGGAUUCACAAGUGGGAAAUUCAUCACAGACGGAGGCAGCACAAGCUGAGCAAGACUCCCAGUCCAAGCCAGUAUCUGUUGGGGUGGAUGAUCGUCAAGAUGGGGAGAGUGCUCCAUCUGAGAGGCAAGUCUCUCCCGAAAAACGGUACCGUGCAGCUUUAUUGAGAAGUCGUUUUGCGGACACUAUACUUAAAGCUCGAGAAAAGGCUCUUGAAAAGGGUGAGAAGCGGGAUCCUGAAAAACUGCGAUUGGAGAAAGAAGAACUUGAAAGGCGGCAGAAAGAAGAAAAAGCCCGAUUACAGGCAGAAGCGACAGCUGCAGAAGAAGCACGAAGGAAGGCCGAACAAGAAGCUGCAGCUGAAGCAAAAAGGAAGAGAGAGCUAGAGAGAGAAGCAGCACGUCAAGCGUUGCAGAUGAUGGAAAAGACAGUUGACAUUAACGAAAACAGUCGGUUUAUGGAAGACCUAGAAAUGCUUAGGACUGCUGCUCAUGAUGAAGAGGUUCCAAACUUCGAAGAGGAGGCCAGCCCUGAGCUUUCUCAGAACGGGUUGGGUAGUUUCAAAUUAGAGGGUAACCCCUUAGAAAAACUUGGAUUAUACAUGAAGGUGGAUGAUGAGUAUGAGGAAGAAGAAGUUGAACCACCCCAGAGCAUUCCAGAACAAUCGAAUGACGUUGAGGAAGGUGAGAUCGACUAGUCGGUGUGGCUGAGGAUCGGGAAUGGAAAAUGGUCUCCUGCGGAACACUGCCAUUUACCUAAAUCUCCUAAAAGCAUCCUGUUUUAAUUUUGGGCCAACAUAUAUAAUAUAUUUUCUUGUCUCCAGCCUUUACAAAGAAUGAAAGAUGGAAUUUGGCAAAAAGAAAAAGCACAUCAGCAGCCACUGGAUUUGAACUGGGUUUGGGUUUGAAACUUGGGAUUAUUGUUUGUUUUGGAUUUGGGGAUGAGGAGUUGGGAGAGUAUGAGAUGUAACGCAUUUCAAUCAUUGACUUUGAGAAGAAUCUGAUGUCGGUGUUUUGGUGGAAAAAAGGGGAAAAAUAUGUGAUGGAGCAGGAUAAUACUCAAAAUUUUGCAUGUAAAGAAAAAAAGAAAAAAAAAAAAAAAAAAAAAAAAAAAAAAAAAAAAGAAAAGAAAAGAAAAGAGUUUACAUGAGAAUUUGUGUUUGCUUUAGGGAAGGACCUAUAUUUACAACUAUUGCAUGUUCAAGGUUAUGACCAGAGGCAUUUCUGUUCAAUUUUUCUUCCUUAACAAAAGUGUGUCACUUUCAAACACUUGAGGAAUGAUUAGAAAAGUGAAGAUAAUGACAGAUAGUUUCGUUUGUUGUUUGCCGAUGGUCACUCUCUAUUCCCAAAUGAGUGUAAAUUCUGAGCAACUCCUUAGCAGUUGACAUCUUAGAAGUGAAACUAAUUUAAUAUUUCUCUUUAGGGAAUCUUUAUAGUAGAACAAGUUAUUUUGCUCCACUGGUGGGGAGUUGUUUAUAAUUGUUGAAUUAAUCUUUUAAUGGUUAGGUUUGUAGAGAGUCGUAUUAAUUUUAAAAAUUGAA